UCAGAGCUCUGCUUCGGACACAUCGACGCCAGAACAAGAUUAUCUGUUCGUGUCGCAGGUUUCAGGACAAUGAUGGACAUAAUGGGCGUGACGCCUUACUACGACAUAAACACUUCGGACUCCAGCAUCACAAAUGGCACUUUUUACGAUGACGAGGACGAGUAUGAUUACAAGGACGACCACGCCGAGCUGAGGCAGUCCCUCAACAUCAUGUCUCUCAUCGUCUACUGCCUGGCUUUCGUCCUGGGCGUGCUAGGCAACGGCGUAGUGAUCUGGGUCACUGGAUUCAAGAUGAAGAAAACAGUCAACACCGUUUGGUUCCUCAACCUCGCUGUGGCCGACUUCCUCUUCACGGCAUUCCUUCCUUUGAGCGUGACUUACACCGCCAUGGAUUUCCACUGGCCCUUCGGGAAGUUCAUGUGCAAGCUGAACAGCACCAUGAGCUUCCUCAACAUGUUCGCCAGUGUCUACAUCCUGAUGGUGAUCAGCAUUGACCGAUGUGUGUCUGUGGUGUGGCCCGUUUGGGCUCAGAACUACCGCAGUGUGCAGAAGGCAUCCUGUGUGAGUCUGGGUGUUUGGGUCCUGGCUCUGAUUCUGAGCACCCCGUACUUCAUCUUCAGGGACACUGGGCCGUCAUACAACAAUGAAGAAAUCAUCAACUGCUUCAAUAACUUCGCCUUCUCUGAUGAUUAUGUCACACUACGUGUGACCCAGCUGCGAUACUUCCGCCAUCAGGCCAUGACCAUGACUCGUUUCUUUCUGGGAUUUGUCGUCCCCUUUACUGUUAUUGUGUCCUGUUACGCUGUGAUAAUCCACCGCCUCCGCAGGAACCGUACCCUGGCCAGCCAAUCAAGUCGUCCCUUCAAAAUCAUUGCCGCUGUCAUCACCACUUUUUUUUUGUGCUGGGCUCCCUAUCACAUUCUGGCCCUGAUUGAGUUGGUCAAUCACAUGGCUGAUUAUGAGAGUGAAAUAUUGGACGAUGUCAUCACUAUCGGGGUCCCCAUAGCCACCAGUCUAGCCUAUCUCAACAGCUGCCUCAAUCCGCUGCUCUAUGUGUUCAUGGGACAAGAUUUCAAGGAUAAAGUUCGCAAGUCCAUCCUGAAAGUACUGGAGACUGCUUUCCAGGAAGAGAUUUCCCGCUCGUACACCUAUACAAACUCAAUGGUCACCACUCGAAGCAAAGACAGGUCCCUUUCUGAAGCUGAGGUAUAAAGCUGCCCAUGUUAGUUACUGUACUUGUACAUAUAGCUGUUAAGAAGAAGAAGAAUCACCUUUUAUUGUCAUGAACAUGCAUGCAUGCACACAAAAUUUGCUCUCUGCAUUUUACCCAUCACAGUGAACACAUUCACAUGUUAGUGGAACACACUGGAGCAGGGGGCAGCUGAAGCGCCCGGGGAGCAUUUCGGGGUAUCAGUGUCUUGCUCAAGGACACCACAGCCGUGAGUCCGGGGGAUUUCGGCGGAUGGUCCAGUCGGGGUCUCGAACCUAAGUCCCCCACAGUGGCAGGCGAUGAUCUUAACCAUUGGGCCAUUGUUGCAAUUGUAUAUGACAAAUAAUCACAGUUUUUGCCUCAACUGCUACUAAUCCACAGCUACAAUAUGUUCAAAACAUUGUAACCAAGCUGUGAUGAAUUUAUAGGCUAAAACAUUUUGAAAUGUGUUUAUUUCUAUACCGUGCUGCAGUGUCCGCCUAGCUGGAUGGUCACUUCAAAGACAAUAGUAAUGAGUUAGCAUAGGAAAUGAUACAACUUUAGACUAACUAGGGAUGUGUAUAAAAUUCAUUUAAUCGAUUGUUAAGAAUUUGGUCAGUUGAGUACAACUGAUUGUCGUUAAAUCGUGUCUUGAAGCUAUCAAGUCAAAAUGUAGUGCACUGCAACCCAAAUAGAUGCUGUUGAUUCAGUCUCAACUACUUUACAGCGUAAAUAAGAACAGCAUGACGUCAGCUAUGGCAAGUUGAGAUACAUCCCUGCAGACCUCUGCUGUGGCAACAACUCCUCCAGCAGUAUUUUUCUGCUAAAUACAACACUGGCGUGGAAACAGGAAUUCCAAACAUUCAGACAGAUUCUCUCAAAGCAUCAAUUUCCCCGUAGUCGAUCCAGGAAAUGUAGUCAAAUGCCCAUUCCUGGUUGGUACUUACUGUAUUUACGUAUUGUUUUGUAUCAAAUUAAACGAUAUUAGAAUACAUGUUCAAGUGAAACUGGACUGCACAAGAAAAUACAAAUGACUAUUUUGGAGAAAUGCUGCAAAAUGGCAAGAACCAUCCAUCCAUCCAUUUUCUGCACCGCUUUCUCCUCACAAGGGUCGUGGGCAUGCAGAAGCGUAUCCCAUUCACUUAUCGUAAUUGAAUGAUGCACCUAAUUGAGGCAUGGCGUCUAUUAGAGGGAAGGCCACUACUUGAGGAAAUUAUUGUAAAAUAAUUGUCAUUCCAGAAGCCCUCACUCUAAAAGCAGACUAUUUUUUGUUCGUAUUAAUGAAUAAAUCAUACAAAUCAAUAACAAUACCAAACUUGCACUUUUAACCCUACCAUAUAGUUUUAGUCUCCUGCCAUAACUGGAAUAAACUGCAUAUCCUGCAUGCUUUUGUAUGUUGUUCAUGGUUUUGUUAGUAUCUUUUAAAGGCUUAACCUACUAAAUGCAUAUUGUCGCUAUCUAAAGAAAAGCAUCUUUCUCAAAAUACUGAGAGUUCUUUGUUUUGUUUUCACACACACACACACACACA